AUGGGCUCUCUCGAAAAGACUGCUAUGGACCUGACGGGCAUUGAGCGUGCCGGGCCCAAAACUUACAUCCGUCAAAUUUUCCCCUUGAAGCUGGACGAGAAUUAUGAUAUUGAAAAGACCCAGAAGGAAAACAGUCCGGGCUGCUUAAGAUGCAGAGGCUUCCCAGAGGAUCGGAUUGGACUAGUGACCGUUAAGGAUCUGAGGGCUCCGCAUGCGUUCCCCUUUACGUUUGACCAGAUCAGAGCGCGAAAGUUUAGUCUCUCCUGCUUCGACGAUGCUGUGUUGUUGAACAAGAGCAUCUGGCCUUCGGUCACAAACGAGAUGCCGGCCACGUCGCUGCAAAUCAACUACAUCCGGGGUGGUGUCCUUCUAGGCUGGUGCACAUUGCACAUGAUUGGAGAUGCGUUUACCUACUUCGUGUGGGCCAAGGUCUGGGCAGAGGAGUGUCGCCGGAUGCAAGGCAUUGAGAUUUCGGACCCGUUUGUGCUGGACGAUGCCAUGGUCACCGACCGGGAGAUAAUCAUGAAAGCCACUGGCCGCCACAACGGCAAAGCGAUUGAGCCCUACCUAGGCAUUUUCGUCGUUCCUGUCGCACCAACAAGCGUUCCGGCCGGCAUGUUGAGCCCGACUCACCGUGCCCAGAUCUUCUACUUCUCGCCCGAGUCUCUGGCCGCCCUCAAGGCCGAUGCCAAUGAUGCAUUUGCCGCCCUUAACUGGCGAGCCACAAUGUCGGUCCAGGCACCCGUGGAGAGUCUCAAAGACGGCGAAGAGGAGGACUCCAUUUACGCCAUUGCGGUGAAUCUCCGCGCGCGCUCACAGCCUCUUGCCCACCCCCAUGCGCUCGGCUGCUGGCUCGGAUACCUGGCCGUGCGAGCCCCUAUUCGCAAACUCUUGACUGUCUACAACCUUGCCGACAUUGCUGGACUGGUGCGCAAUCGGAUGGAGGACCUGGACAAUAAUUACGCAGACAAGAUGCUGUCGAUUAUCGACAACCUCGACGACGUCAACAGGUUUGUUCCCACUGUUUUCUUCAAUAUGAUGAGCACAAGCAUUCUGGCGACCUCAUGGGCCGACAGUGAUCUGUACAACGUCGUUUGGGGGCCCAUGUUUGGUGGUAAGAUAGAGGCCGUGCGCAUGAGCAACAGCGGCAUCAGCCCCGGCACAGUUCUCGUUCUUCCAAGAUUGCCUAAAUGGAGGGCUGGAACUUAUGGUGGGGACAGAAGCCGUAUUGCUGCCCAAACUCUGCGCCGAUCCUGUCUUUAUGAAGUAUGCUGA